AUGCGUAUAUUUCUUCCAAAGAACUCCAGAUGGUCUUGUGCUAAAUCUGUACCAGUUUUGAUCAGUAAAAUAUCUAUUGAAUUGGCUGUUUUAAUUCAAUUGAAAAGAUUUGAACACACACUUAUAUACAGAAACAUCAGGCUAUUAUCUAAUGAGAUGUGGUUAUGGCUCUGGCACAUUUAUAGCAUUAUUGGGCACCCAUUGCAAGAUUAUUAUGAAUAUUCAUGCUUAAUACCUGCUUCAAUGCUUACUCUCAUAGAAUUACAUUAUUAUGGUUGUAAGCUGCGAGGAAAUAUGGAUAUGGUAAUCGUUCCUUCAUAA